AUGUUAUCGACAAGUGGACCCUAUUCACUUCGUGUAAUGACAUACAAUAUUCGAUAUGAUACAGUCAAAGAUGGAAAAAAUCAAUGGUCUCUUCGAAAAAAUAAAUUAAUUAAUCUUAUUCGUAAUCGUGCACCUGACCUAUUUGGUGUUCAAGAAGCUUUGCCUAAUCAAAUAAUGGAUUUACAGAAUGCAUUACCUGCCUAUCGUUACUAUGGCGUUGGCAAAAUUGAUGGUAAAAUGAAAGGCGAAUUUUCUGCCAUAUUCUAUCGAAUCGAUCGAUUUGAUCUUCUCAAUAGUGGAACGUUUUGGCUUUCGAAAACGCCAAGAAUACCAGGAAGCAAAGCAUGGGAUGCAGCUGGAACGCGCACAUGUACAUGGGUUCAGUUACGUGAUCGAUAUACAUUUCAGAUAUUUUACCAUUUCAACGCACAUUUUGAUAGUACGGGUAGAACUUCUCGACUAGAAAGUGCUCGUCUUAUUUUAAGUCAAACGAGAGCCAUAGUUGGAUCUUCAACACCAAUCAUACUGACAGGUGAUUUUAAUGCAUCUCCACAGUCAGAUAGUUACCGUACUUUUAUUACAAAUUCAAUUCUUGAGGAUAGUAAAAAUAUUUCGGAGAGGUCACACUGUGGCCCAGAUAGUACUUUUUCAACGUUUAUUGUUGGCCGUCAAAUGGGUAAACAAAUCGAUCAUAUAUUUGUAACAUCGAAAGAUUUCAAAGUAUUGCAACAUGGAACUUUAACAGAUUCAAAUGGAGGCUAUUAUCCAUCGGAUCAUCUACCUGUUCUUGCUGAAAUCAUGUUCAAAAAGAUCAUUUCUGGCUGA